GUGUUCAGUAACCGUCGAGAAAGUUUGCAUGUUCGGGGAUGGAAAAGUUUGGUGCCGUUCUUUAUUCUAAUUAUUGUUUGAAUCGUUAAAGCAGAAUAUUAAUCGGUUUAGUUAUUGUAAUUCCCAUGUAAAACAGUGUUGAAAAAAAAGUUCAUUUCCUAUUUUUGAGUUAUGUUCUGUUGAGAACAUCUAAUGGAUGUUCAACGGAUGAUGCUACCUGUUCACUUUUUAUUAUUAAUCAUCUCAUUUUUUGGAAUCAUUGUCUGCCAAAAUGUGAAAUACAAUCCAAACACCGGCCAGAAUUUCGGUCAAAAUCAACCACUUCAACAGUAUCAACCGUACGGUGGAAGCAGCGAUGACUCAUUCUAUGGCAGCGUCAGUCGUUAUAAACAAAUUGAAAAGUUCGGAUCCAUCCAGAUUCCGGAAGACAGCUAUUGUCCAGAGCAUUGGUCCGUCUAUAGAAGUUCCUGUAUUCGCAUUUACAAUUCUCCGAGAAAAGACUAUCUUCAUGCACAAAAAAUCUGCCAAGCUUAUCAGGGUGAUCUUAUAAGUAUUGAUAACAUCGAAAAGCAUUCGUUCGUUCUAAAAUUACUGGACAUCGAUAGCAACAGGAACAAUCGGUACUACAUAUCCACCAGACAAGCUUCGCCCAACAAUUGGAUCAACGCAGAUAAAACCCAACUGGUACCUUUGGAAGAUGCAUUCAUUUUUAAUGCCGCGGAUGAGGACAGCUAUGAAGCUAUUUUCAACAAAAAACCAUUGGAAAAGUACGAUUCUCGUCGAAACUUUAUCAGCGGUUACAACGAUAACCGUAACAACCUGGUAUACUCGUUCAACGGUGCCAGCGAAAAGUGGCAAUUCCUUCCGGUUAGCCUGGAAGAUUUGAAUCUCUUCAUAUGUGAAUCCCAGCAGCUGUACAGUGCGGAUAAUAUCAACUUAUUGGCAGAUGAUCAACGUCGAUACGAUUAUGGUGUUGACAUAAUCGACAUAAACAAAAUUCCCAGGGGACCAUAUUUUAUCAAGCAACCACGCGAAACGACCUACGACACCGGCAAAGCGAAGAUUACUAAGGAUGUGAUGCUCAGUUGCCUAGCCGGCGGUUAUCCAACGCCAACUUAUUCCUGGUUUAAGGAAAUUUAUACUAACGAUAACAUUACUGUGGUCAAACUGAAUCCAUUGAAAAAUUCCCGGUAUACCACUAGCGGCGGUAACCUUAUCAUACACGAUCCCCAGCAGAUACAAGAUCAAGGCACCUACCAUUGCGUCGCUAACAAUCCAUUCGGACGGAUCAUAUCGGAAAGCGUGGAACUAAACUUUGGCUACAUCCUUGAGUUCAAUUUGCAACGAUCGUCCGAAACUGGAGAAAUGAACUGGGGCAAAUCACUCUACUGUGAUCCUCCUCAGCAUUAUCCGGAUGUGCGGUACUACUGGUCCCGGGAUUUUUUCCCAAACUUUGUUGAAGAGGAUCAGCGAGUUUUUGUAAGCCAUGAUGGCUCGUUAUAUUUCUCAUCAUUGGAAAUCAAAGACCGCGCGAAUUAUUCCUGCAAUGUGCAGAGCACUGUGAGCGAUACGGGAAGGAAUGGACCAUUUUUCAAUUUGCAAGUAGUUUCGCAUCCGCAUUAUCAGGAUUUGAUUUUUGCCAAUAAUUUCCCAAAGAAGUUCCCAGAAGCUCCAGUGGCAGGGAAGGAUUUGAGAUUAGAAUGUAUGGCCUUUGGUUACCCGGUGCCUUCGUAUAAUUGGACACGCAGAAACGGAAAUCUACCUCGAUUCUCCUACCUCGAAAACUAUAACAGAGUGUUGGUGAUCAAGAAUUCUACUGCCAACGACAACGGCGAAUAUAUAUGUACGAUUAAAAACGAUCGAAAAUCUAUAGCGAAGAGUGUUAUGGUCAGUGUUCAAAUGCAACCAAACUUCACAAUCCCGUUGAAGGAUAAAAUUAAGGAUUUUCAGAGCUCAGUGAUAUUCCUGUGCGAGGCUUCCGCCAUUCCAGAUGUCAACUACACAUGGUACAAAAAUGCAGAAUUAAUGGACCCCGAAAAUAGCAAGUUUAAUAAAGACAAAUUUGUGAUACAGGACAAUGUCCUUAAGAUAAACUUCCUCGACCCGGAUGAGGAUAAUGGAAUGUACCAAUGCAAGUCAACAAAUCAGCUCAAGGGCGUGUAUUCAUCGGCACAAUUACGUGUGUUGUCCAUGAAGCCAUCCUUUAAAAAGAAACCGCUGGAGUCCGAAAUCUAUUCAAUUUACAAUGGAAACACUACAAUCGAGUGCGAACCGGAAGCAGCUCCUCGACCAAAAAUCGUAUGGAAAAAAGACGGCAACGUCAUAGGUACGGGAGGGCAUCGUAGAAUGCUACCUACUGGAACCUUAUUUAUUUCACCGACGUCGCGAGACGAUGAAGGAGUUUACACUUGUGUUGCCAGUAAUUCUCAGGGUGUUGCUGAAUCGAAAGCACGUCUGAUUGUUCUCCAGGAGCUACGAUUCGUUGAACAACUACCUCCAAAAAUUAUUAAGCAAAUUGAUGAACUAUUGUACCUACGAUGCGAAGUUACUUACGAUGAAGUACUGGAUGUUGCAUUCCUCUGGGCCCACAAUGGUCGCAUCAUAAACAGCUACGACAAUAUGCCGUCAUACAAUACUAGAUUUACAGCGAAUUACAAUAGCUUGGAAGUGCAUAAUCUAACUCUGUUGGAUGCAGGGGAAUAUGAAUGUAUUGCCAAGUCCGCAGUCAAUAGGAUAGUAUCAAAAACUAUGGUCUUCAUACAGGGUCCUCCGGGAGCUCCUGGAGCGGUAAAAGUAAUUGACAUUAAGAAAACCGAUGCAGCAUUAGAAUGGAUCGAUGGAAGCGACAAUGGUAGACCGAUUCUAUUCUACAACAUCCUGGGACGCACAACUUGGAACAAAACAUGGGCGAAUGUUUCGGAAAACGUUUUUGCCCAAGAAAUCGAUCGCUACAACGGAAGACGUCGUGCAGCCGUAACCAACCUAACGCCGGGAUGUGGAUACGAGUUUAGCGUUGUGGCAGUGAACGAUUUGGGCAUUGGUAUUCCAAGCUUGCCAUCUCCCCUUUAUAAUACACAGAAAGAUAAACCAUACAUUGUUCCACGAAACGUCGGAGGAGGAGGUGGCAAGAUAGGUGACCUUACCAUUACUUGGGAUCCGUUGCUCCCAGAAGAACAAAACAGCAUCGAUAUUCACUAUAAGGUCUUUUUCCGUCUACCUGGUCAACUGGAGUGGGCCUCGGAAGUCCUGAAACGGCAAGGUAAUAUCGGACGAGCAGUAGUACACAUUCCAUUCGACAAAUACUACACCAAAUAUGAAGUGAAGGUGCAAGCCAUCAACGAUCUAGGAGAGGGACCUAUUAGUGAAAUUGCCACCAUAUAUUCAGCCGAAGAUAUGCCGCAAGUAGCUCCACAGCAGACUAUUGCCAAGAGUUACAAUUCUACAGCGCUCAAUGUCUCUUGGGUCCCAAUUUCACAAACAAGGGAUUCCAUUCGAGGAAAACUCAUUGGCCACAGGCUGAAAUACUGGAAAAAGGAACACAAAGAGGAGGACGCUGUGUACUUCUUGUCCCGAACUACUCGACCAUGGGCUUUGGUUGUGGGUCUUGAACCGGACACGUAUUACUUCGUGAAAGUAAUGGCCUACAACGCUGCCGGAGAAGGACCAGAAAGCGAACGAUAUCUCGAAAGAACGUACCGAAAUGCUCCGCAAAAACCACCGUCAUCGGUAAACAUAUUCGGUAUCAAUCCUUCCACCAUUCGCGUCGUUUGGCGAUACAUUGCUCCUUCCCAGGAUGAAGAACCGGUUCAAGGUUACAAGAUAAGAAUCUGGGAAACUGAUCAGGAUAUGGCCACUGCAGACGACACUGUGGUUGCGAUAGGCAAUAAACUCGAAAAAAUCAUCGACAAUUUAACACCAGGAAAAUCGUACAACCUUCGAGUUCUAGCAUUCAGUAAUGGAGGAGAUGGAAGAAUGUCAAGCCCACCUAUCAAAUUUCAGAUGGGUAUAACUCAAACUCCAUACAAUGAUGCAAAGAUGAUAAAAGCCGGAACGUUGGGGAAAUUGGCAGUAGCCUUUGUCAUGUACAAAGUUUUUAAUUGCUACUAUUGAUUAAUUCAAUCACAAAUCAAAUCAAAACAAAGACGAUAAAUAAGAUGUCCAUGUAGGUAUUUACAAAACACAAAUUUCGUUCUGUAGUAGGUAGUAUUUUCAUUUAAGGUCGAACAUUAAUAACUAGCUUUGUAGAAAUAUUUUACAAUUUCAGUGCAUUUAUUUCCACAAACAUAACUCUAGUUUCGAAGAGUCGUACAACUCUUACUUAAUCAGAAUAAUUGAAAACGCAGCACAAUUCUUAGUAGAUAGCCGGGUUAUCUUUUCUAAGAUUCCGGUCUUGGUAAAUUGGAUUUGAUGUUCCACGCAACGAACAUUUUUACGAAAAUAUUUGUUAAAUAUGCCCUAUGCCUAAAUGCAGCUUACUAUUUAUUCAUAAACUGCGUUUCUAUAACCCAAGCGUGAAAACAAUUCAAUGUCUUGAUUUUUUUUUUUACUUUUCAAAUCCAGAUUUUUUGUAAUUAAAUUCUGGGGCGACGAACCAAGACGAAACGACUUUUUCAUACAAGCGUUCAUACGAAAAACGCUUCGUUUCAACUUCCCCAAUGAGGCCCCUGGUCUAAGAAAAUUUGUAUUUUCGAACAAACGUAAAAUGUAGAUUCAAAAUCCUUUUAAUUGAUGCUUUAGGGGAAUAUGUUUCCGAAGAAAAUGAACAUGGGGUUGUCGAUUUAGAUUGGUGGUUACAAUUUUUUUCAUCAGGAACAUUCUUCGGUGUCGAGUGGCAUUGUUAGAUUGUGGGUUACUCGCUCGAGCGAUAACUUUGAAUAAUUUUGUUUUUUUGUGCCCGUGCAACAUAUUAUUGUACAAGCCAAUUCUACACACGCAAUUCGCUAGGUGACGGUUGCAGCGUUUGUUUAACAUUCCAAAAAUUUCGACCGUUUUUUGAAGCAGAUGAGAGCAGCUAUGCUGCAAAACAGAAACAUAAAUCUAAUACGAUAAGAUCUGAUGUGUACUAUAAAGGUGUGAGAGAAGAAAAUCACCAUUUUUAGGAUUUAACUUGGAAUACAAAUUAGUUAAUAUCAGCCUUUGUCGGCGGUAAGAACGGAAUCUCUUAUGGACUAAAAUAUAAAUCAACAGAUUUUGAUUGGUAGAAUGUCCCUUUCUAACAUAUGGUUGAACACAUAAUUUAAAGAGAUAGGGAGAGAAAGAGACCACCAUCGUUUGAUUCAUUGAUGCGCGCAGGAAUACAAACAAGUAAUGUGCUCAAAAUAAGUGCGCAUAAUUUUCAACUAAUAAUACCUAUUGGGCUGCCACUUAGUGAUGAUUUUCGUUCAAACAAAUGAAUGUAUUAAGAAAACAAAUUCCAUCCAUUAGAACAUAGCAAGCAUUUAAUAUUAUUUUUCCACUGUAGCUAAGAACGAGCGAUUAUUAUACAAUCUAAAAAAGCAAUUUAUAAUACUUACGUAAGGAUUCUAGGUAUCCUAAGUACAAGUGGUUUCCAAUAAAGUAAAUUUAUAAUGUUUUAAAU